AUGGCGACCUGCAGGGACCGGCUUGGAGCCGUGGAGGCAGAGGAGAGCCCGAGUUGCCAGGGGUACUCGGGAGUCGAGGUGGUGCUUUCUUCUGAUUCCGCCACCCCCGCCCCGCUGUGCCCUCACGGACCUACUCUUCUGUUUGUAAAGGUGAACCAAGGGAAAGAAGAAACACGGAGGUUUUAUGCCUGCUCAGCUUGUAGAGAUAGAAAAGAUUGUAAUUUUUUUCAAUGGGAAGAUGAAAAGUUGUCAGGAGCCAGACUUGCUGCCCGGGAAGCCCAUAACCGAAGCUGUCAGCCUCCUUUAUCCCGAUCUCAGUGUGUGGAAAGGUACUUGAAGUUUAUUGAGUUGCCCUUGUCUGAGAGAAAGUUUUGUCAGAGCUGUCAGCAGUUGCUCUUGCCGGAUGAUGAGGAGAAGCAUCGUGAACAUCAGGUAGUGGGUGAUGUUUCUGUCACCCAGUUAAAAAGGCCCAGUAAACUCCUUUAUCCACUAGAAAACAAGAAGACAAAUGCCCAGUAUUUGUUUGCUGACCGGAGCUGUCUGUUCUUGGUAGACCUGCUCUCGAACCUUGGAUUCAGAAGAGUACUGUGUGUUGGGACCCCAAGGUUACAUGAGCUGAUCAGAUUGAAAGAAUCAGGUGACAAGAAGUCUAACAUUAGAAGUCUUUUAUUGGAUAUUGAUUUUCGGUAUUCGCAGUUUUAUAUGGAAGAUAGUUUUUGCCAUUAUAAUAUGUUUAACCAUCACUUCUUUGAUGGAAAGGCUGCCCUUGAAGUGUGCAAGACAUUUUUACAGGAAGAUAAAGGUGAAGGAGUGAUCAUGGUGACAGAUCCUCCAUUUGGUGGCUUGGUUGAACCUCUGGCUGUUACAUUCAAGAAGUUAAUUGCUAUGUGGAAAGAAGGUCACAGCCAAGAUAACAGUCAGAAAGAACUACCCAUAUUCUGGAUUUUCCCCUAUUUUUUUGAAUCCCGAAUUUGUCAGUUUUUCCCAAGCUUCUGCAUGCUGGAUUACCAGGUAGAUUAUGAUAAUCAUGCACUUUAUAAACAUGGAAAGACAGGACGGAAACAGUCUCCUGUGCGUAUUUUCACAAAUAUCCCACCUAACAGAAUAAUCCUUCCUAUUGAAGAAGGGUACAGAUUUUGCCCCCUGUGUCAACGAUAUGUUUCUCUAGAGAAUCAACACUGUGAACACUGUAAUUCUUGCACAUCCAAGGAUGGCAGGAAAUGGAACCAUUGCUUUCUCUGCAAAAAGUGUGUAAAGCCUUCCUGGAUCCACUGUAGCAUUUGCAAUCACUGUGCUCUUCCAGAUCAUUCUUGCAAGGGCCCGAAAGACGGCUGCUUUAUUUGUGGUGAAUUAGACCAUAAACGGAGUACUUGUCCUAACAUUUCUACAUCUAAGAAAGUUAACAAGGCUGUCAGAAAGCAGAAGCAAAGAAAAAGCAAUAAGAUGAAAAUGGAGACCACUAAAGGACAAUCCAUGAAUCAUACAUCUGUUACAAGGAAGAAGAAAAGAAGAGAAAGAACCCAUCAAUAUCCUUGCUCUAAAAUGUCCAGUGACUUGAGAAUAGGAAAGAUUUAUAGUCAGACCUUUGAUGCCAUUUUCUGA